AUGGAGACUACUCAUGAAACUCCAACCAAGGGAGGAAACAAAAGCUCCUCAUGUUUUCUAACCGGAAACCAACCACGCCCCUUACGGUUUUACUGUUUCCCAAUACUUCCAGGCUAUGAUGAGAAUCAGAGUCACCAGAUUGCAGAGAGACGUCGUCGUUGUUCGAGUCCAUCCACGGUGGCCGCUAAUCUUAAGAGAAUGAGGAACUACAGCGAAGAAGACAUAGCCGAAGAGAAGCGUUUGGGAGUGAUGACGAGGCCGAGUCUCAUGAGCGGUCACACAGAUCAUUACACUUAUUCUUCUAAUCUUCCGAAACGCCGGAAACCAGUCUCCGACAACGCGGUGGCAAUUAAGCUUAGGAAGAUGAGAAAAUACAGCAAAGAAGACAUAGCGGAAGAGAAGCGUUUGGGUGUCACGACGAGGCUGAGUCUCUACGACGAUCCGUGGAAGAUGAAGAAGAGGUUGACGAUGAGCGAUCUGGGAGGCAAUUCCAGGCUGAUGCUGGAAUUAAAGUGGGCUAGAAACUACUUCUUGCCCUACUUGGAUAUCAAACAGGUGGAGAGCGAGCCUGGUGUCCGUGUUAGGGUUGUUGAUUUCGAUACGGGUACCAAACACCAGCUGAGAUUCAAGCUGUGGAAAUCUUCUCAUUGUUACGUUCUUAAAGGAGGGUGGGUUAAAGAUUUCGUGAGGAGGAAGAAGCUCAACAAAGAUGAUGAGAUUGGAAUGAUUUGUGUUCGUCCUUUCUUGGGUGCUCGAUGUUCCACCUUGACAUUAUAUUUGCGUGUUCUUCAACGUGCUGCUCUUCCCAAAACUUAA